UUUGUAGCAUCAUGUGAACAAGUUGAUGUAGGGGUGAGCUGGUACAUUCUCGACAAUCAGUUAAAUGCUUCUUCUGAACUGAAUGCCAGCACACCAGCAAGGAACGGCCGACUGAACUUUGUAGCGGGAUCAUCAUGGUGUGCGUCCACGACUGACACCAGUCCAUAUCUACAGAUUGACUUGCAGAUUCCUUAUAUCAUCUGUGCUGUAUCCACUCAGGGGAAUUCCCAGGGGAGUCAAUGGGUGGAGACUUACACUCUACAGUCAUCUACAAAUGGGACAACUUGGACAGACUAUGAAGAAAAUGGAAAAGUUAAGGUAGUUGUAGUUAAAGGGUGCAUAUAUUAAUGGCCUAGCCCAUCACUUUAAAAAGGAAAAACGCUUUUUUCCAGAUUUGUUUGCAAAAAAAGACUAUCUCUUCCUACCACCCUACUUAGGAUAAGACUAGUCUGGCUGCAAACACAGUUCUAAUUGAUAGAGAGCUAAACCAAUGCUCCAUGAAGCACUUAGGAGUAUAAACUGCUUCUCCUCUUCGAAUGGAAUGCUAGUCUGUUCAAAGGUCACCUUACGAAAUUUGCAUCCUCGGAGACUCAGGGGCAGACAGUGGGCACAAGAGAAAGUCUAAAAGGGCGGAACAAUAUGGCACGAAGAAAAGUAAGAAACAGCGUUCUUUACUUUUCUUCGUGCCAUAUUUUUCCGCCCGUUUAGACUUUCUCUUGUCCCCACUAUCUGCCCCUGGGUCUCCGAGGAUGCGAAAUUUGUUGCACUUAUAUAUUGAGGUGGAAGAAUGAAAAGCGUGUAAAGGAGCAAAGUUUGUUAUCUAAGGGAGUAAUGCCAUGAGGUAAAGCUAAUUGAAUCCAGAAGGGGGAAAUGGGGAGUGAAUGGUUAAUACCCCACUGGGUUCACAGGAAACUCACUUACAGUCUGUAAGGCGAUAGCCUCCCACGCAGGCGUUUUUAGGGGAGCUCGUUUUUCAUCCCGAAAAACGAGCUCCCCUAAAAACGCCUGCGUGGGAGGCUAGUAAGGCGAGUGACCAGGAAUUUCCUAGCUAUGUCCUACUACAGUGUACCAGUAUGACCGCGGGCUACUUUCAUGGGAAACAAAAGGAAAGCAGACUGAACCAAGAGAAUUUCCUAGCUUUUCAAAUCCUUACCUAUAAUUUUCAUAUAUCUUGCAACUUGAAAUCUUAGUGACAGCCCUAGGGUUAAUAUACUGAACUCUAUCUUUAUUUAAGAAUUACCUCCUAAAUGCUAAGCCUUUUUUUGUUUUUGAUUUUUUUUUCAGACAUUCAAUGGAAACUGCGAUCAGAACUCAGUAGAAAAACAUAUCUUGUUCAGUGCAUUUGUUGCAAGAUACUUGCGUUUUGUUGUUGGGUCCAAACAAGGUGGAGCAUGUUUACGAGUAGAAGUUUCUGGCAUACCUAGAAGCAGAGGU